GAGAGAGACUUCUGUUGCUGUUCUUCUGUUGCUCUAUCAGGAGGGACUGGGAGGAGGGACUAGGCUGCCUGGCUGCCUGCCUCGCACCUGCUUCUGCUUGCUUACUUGCUGUGGUUCGGGACAGCACCCCCACCCCCAGUAACAUUUGCCUUCCUUCCUCAGGAGCAACACAACAAACGAGGGCCCCUUUUCCUGCUUUGGCAUGACGAAAUUGCUGCUCUCCCGGCCCCACUGGGUAUGGGCUUUUCCUUCUCCCUCUACCCGCAAUUUCUCCUCUGGCCCCUCUGCUGCUGCUCUCAAUUGUAGCAGCACGCGCGCUAUGGCUGCCCGUGGCAGGCUCUCUUUCCAUGUCAAACAACAGCUGGUGUGGUUCUCGCAUUUGAGUAGCAAAGACUCGACGCUGGGGAGAGUUGGACAGGUUUUUGCUGCGACGAGCUGCUCUGGCCAAUUAGGGCUUGGAAUCAGCAUCAUCCGAUGGGUGAAUGGUGUCGCGAGAGGCGUUGGAGGGCAGGCGGAGUGGCAGCAUCAGCAGCAACAGCUCAGGUUCCUCAGUACUAGAGAAGGAUUCACUGGUUUAUCCAGUGCUGAAAGGCGGAGGAAUUCUUUUAUGUGCAGUAGUAGUGGUGAAAGAGAUGAUAAUUCUUAUGCCGGAACGGCGGAGACAUUUAGAGGUAGGGGUAGAGGAAGAGGUAGAGGAGGCGGUGGGAGAGGGAGGGGAAGCUUCAGACCUUUUUCUGAUAGGCCGCUGAAAGAAAUCGACAAUGGGGAUGGUCAGAAGAGUUUUUACUCCAGCGAUGGCGGUGAGAGGGGGAAUUCUCAUAGCUCUAGUAGUGGAAGGAACGUGGGAAACCCCAGAGGAAGGGGGAGAGGUAGAGGAAGAGGAAGAGAUAGGGGAGGCUUUGAAGCUGCGUGGGGAGGAAGGGUGGCCUCUAGACCUUCGUUUAAUGGUUCAUCUGAAGAAUUCGGCGUCGAUGAUCUUGAGAAGAGGUUAUAUUUUAGCGAUGGAGGAGAGAGGGAGCAGUUCGGCAGCUCAAGUGACGAGAAGUACAGGGAGAGCUUUAGAGGUACAGGAAGAGGCAGAGGGAGAGGGGAAAUUGGCAAUGGGGCAUCGAAGGAUCGAUAUCAUAGCUCAGGUGGCCAAGGAGAUAGGGAGAGCUUUAGAGGUAGAGGUACAAGAGGCAGGGGAGGCAGAGGACCUUCAUUCGAUGAUCGACUUAGAAAAGGUGCUAGCAGAUCACCGAGCCCUUUCUACAGAGAUUCCAACUCCAAUUCCGGAACUGUUGAACGCUGGAAACCCGCGCAGGGGACCAGAGAGGAGAAAGGAAGUUACAGUAGUAGCAGAGGUUGUAGGGGUUCCCGAGGUCGAGCUGGUUCUUUCAGAGGCGGGCGCCCUUCGAGCCAAUUUGGUGAUAACAUAUUUGGUGAGGAUGACAGAAUUCCGGAUUCUAGAUUGAAUGCUCUUAAAAGUCCACGUCUUCGGCAGCUAUUCGAGGGCGAAGAGAAAUGGCAAAGGAAAGUAAGAGAGAAGAAAGCCAAGACAGGUUUUCUUCAGGACAAUGAACUUGGUCCAGAUGACGAUCCUGAGGAGCGCGGGCGUGGUUAUCAAGAUGUGAAUGAGGAUGGUCAAGAUGAAAGUGAAGAAGGUGCGAAAGAUGUAGAAGACUGGAGGCCAAAGAAGAUUGGCUGGUUAUGCAGAGAGAUUCCAGCUUUGAGACCUACUGCCAUCGUGACAUUGUUGAAUUCUCAGAGGGCAUGGAUUAAGGCUGUCGACACCAAGGAAGUGAUUGAAACUCUUAUGCGUCGCGGUGAAAUAUUGCGUGCACAUAGGGUUUUGAAGUGGACUAUGCAGCAACCAUGGUACGAGAAUGACUUCGAUUUGAACACGAAAAUGGCUAAUAUGCUGGGUACCAAUGGAAAGCUCACGCGCAUGCGUGAGCUAUUUGAUAUCAUUAUUGCAACUGGGCAAAUCCCUGAUAUUUCAACGUAUGUUAUAUUGGUCAAAGCUUACAUUGCAGAUGAAUCAGGAGAAUCUCUCGAACAAGCUUUUGCAAUGUACAAUCAGAUGGAGCAGCUUGGGGGUUAUCAACAGCCAGCAGCAUUGGCAUAUGCCCUUUUCCAGGCCUUCACUGAUCGCAAAGGAGGUGCGCAUUUGAGAAAUCUUCACAAAGCAGAUGCUUUGCUCGAAAGCAUGAGGAAGAAAGGUGAUGUGUGGUGUAUGGGUCUGCCUUCAAACCAGUGGUCUGGAAUUUUUACUGGAUUGAUACAUAUGCAUAGUAUUCAGGGUAACGUCGAAAGAGUACAUGAGUUGGUUGCGGCUAUGAAAGAUGCAGCAUUUCCUUUGAGUCGCGAUUGCUACUCCGCCUUAAUAAGAGUAUGUGCGAAGGACCGAAAUACAACAGAGGCUGAGCGUGUUUUUGAAGAUCUUUUGGCUGCUGGUCAUGAGCCGGACUGGCGGGCUUAUGCCGCCCUAAUUGAGACCUAUGGCUCAGCAGGACUGCCUGAGAAAGUGCAGAGUACUUUUAAUGAAAUGGUGGAGAAGGGAAUCCAAAUCACUGUGAAUGUGCAUCAAGCAGUCAUUGAAGCCAUGGUAAAAGCGGAAAGUAAGGAGGGAGCACUAUCUGCUCUUGAGAAGGCCGAAGAAAAUUUUUCUGCCGUAUUGCACAACUCAUACAACCUUUUAAUGGAAUGGUAUAAAAGCAAGGAUAUGCUGCUCGAGGUACAGGAGAUCUUUAACCGUAUGAAGGGAAAGAAAUGCCGACCUAAUCUCCAAGCUUACAACAACCUUAUUGAUUCACAUAUUCUUCGUGGGCAACUGGAUGAAGCCGAAGCGAUAUUUGAAGACAUGAAGAAACUCGAGGGAUUUCACCCUAACUUGAAAACAUUCUGCCUGAUGAUAGAAGCUUUCUUCAGAGCGGAACGUUACGAGAAAGUGAAGGACUGUUAUACGUAUCUUACAGCACGAAAAAUGAUGCCCCCCGAAGAGAUAAUGGUUAAAGUUGCUGGGGUAUUGGGAAAAACAAACGUUGCUGAUCAAGCGAACGGGAAAGUGAAGCGUAAGUUAGUGUCGGAACAGAGGGAAAUACUGGUUGGGGUAUUGUUGGGAGGUGCGAAGAUAACUUCUCAUGAUAAUAAUCGGACAUAUGAGGUCGGCUUUGAACUUACUGAUGCAACAGAGGCUGGUCCAGUUUUGAUUGAUCACUUGUACGACAUAUUUGCUGAUUGGGCACAGCAAGCACCACGUACGGAGGUGAAUGAUGACUCUCGCAAGACUUACCGCUUUUCCACAGUUAGCCACGGCUCACUCCGGUUUUAUGCUCACCAGUAUCGACCGGAGGGGCUUCCUGUGAUUCCUAGGUUAAUUCACAGAUGGUUGAAUCCAUUGUCGUUAGCAUACUGGUAUAUGUAUGGAGGUGAGAAGUGUAAGGAAACAGGAGGAAUCGUCUUGAAUGCCUGCCAGUAUACUUCAAAGGAGCUCACUCUUGUAGUUAAGGCACUGAAAGCUCGAACUGUUGAUUGCGUCAUAAGGAGGAGAAAGGCUGGGAACGUUAUAUGCUUCAAGGAUGAAUCUGCCGUUUGGAUAUGGAAACUAAUGGAACCUCACAUUUUGGAAGGAUUAAAGGAAUCCUUGAGGCCGGAGACACCGGUCCGUAUGAACGGUAACAUUGUUAAAAAUGAGCCUGAAGCGAAUGAUGGCGAGUUAGUACUGAAGACGACGGAUGAAGCUGACCUGGGUAUCGAGAGUAAUGACACUGAAACCGAUAUUGAUGUUCCUUUGAAAGUUGGCAGCUAAAAAACCAGGACAGUGGGUUAAUUGUAACGACGGCCCUGACCCAAGUGCUUGGUUUUCUCAUUAGGAGGUCCGUUCCCAUGAUGGUUGAUUGAGCGGAACAGGUAAUGAAGUUAUGCUUCUCCUGUAUCAGCUAUCGAAUGAGCUACUACCCUGCAGACCUUUCACUGCGGAUAAAUUCAGUUGUUGAAAAUUAGCGAACUGUGUACAUGAUUACUACAGAAUACGUGACAUUGUUUUGAUCAAUUGAACGGAAGAUGUGUGAAUAGGCAUUAUGAACUAGAAUGACAGAUAUUCAAUUGUGUAAUACCUGUCAUGAGCAGCAAUAGGCUCUGACGUAAAAUACUUGUCAUGGUCAUACCAACAUUUGAAUGUAUACAAGGAUAAUUGCCCACCAAAAGACCUUCAUCUUUGCAGUUUAAA